AUGACGCGGUCGUGGGUACGGAGUGGGUGCGGGAGUGGAACGGGCGGGGUCGGGGGGGGGGGGGGGGGUGGGGGUGGGCAUUCAACGGCGGGCUCAACGGUUACGGGGGACGACUGGAACGCGGCACCUCGGCGCGGGGCGUCGGGGGGGGCCCCUACCGCGCGGGUGACUGGGACUGGUACGGCAAGGGCGGGGGGCGGGACGUCUGCUACGGUCCGCGGACGCGCGGGCGGCGGGCGGGGUACGGGUGGGGUCGGAGCGUACGGGCGCGGGAGCACGGACGGGCACUGCUGGGGGUGGGGGGGGCGACGGGUGGAGCGGGCGGUGGGGGGCUUGGGGUACGGGGGACGGGCACUCCGGGACUACGGGGUACGGGACGGUGUCUGGCACUGGGCACGCCGGCGCAGCGGGGGACCGGGCGAGGGCAGGGUGCUCCUAACGCGGGGGCACGGGCUGAACGGGGCAGCUACACGCUGGGGUUACGGGGGGGACGGACGCACGGCGUUACGCGGGCGGGGCGUACGGGGCGGCGGGCUUAACGCGACGCUACUGGGACGCGGGGGACGACGGACGACGGGGUGGUGGGGGUCUACGCUACGACUUGGCGGCGCGGAGGCUGGGGACGGCGGGGGGGGGGGCGCGGGGGGGGAGGUGGACGCGGGGGCCGGACGGACGGCGCGGGUGCGCACGCUGGGUCGGUCUGGGGGGGGGACGGCGGCGACUAGCUACGUGGACGGGACGGGCAGGCGGUGGGAACGGGGGGGCGGGCUACGCGCGGGACGACGUACGGCGGUUACGCGGGGGGUGGGGAACGCGGGACGGGGGGCGAGUGGGAAGGCGUGCGUACGGGCGCCUUAA